AUGUGCGGGGGGCUACCAUUGGCCAUAGUUAUCAUGGCUGGUCAUGUAGCCUGCAACCCAAACAAAUCAGAGGGCGAAUGGUUGAAGGUUUGCAAAUCUCUAUUUCCAGAGUCAGCAAAAGAUCAUGGGAAAUAUGGUGGGAAAGACCUUACCCAGGAGGAACUUGGUAGGAUUGUUAGUCAUUGCUACAAUGACAUGCCUGUUGACAUCAAGACUUGCUCUCUGUAUUUGAGCAUAUUUCCAAAGGGCCAGAAAAUCAGCAGUAAGCGUUUGACAAGGCGAUGGACAGCUGAAGGAUUCAUUGCUGAAAAGCAGGGGUUGAGUGUGGAGGAUGUUGCAGAUACAUAUUUCAGUCAUCUCAUAAGAAGGAAGAUCAUUCGACCAGUGGAGCACGGCAGUAACGGAAAGGUGAAGAAAUGCAUAGUCCACGACAUGGUUCUUGAGCACAUUGUAGCCAAGGCAAGUGAAGAGAAUUUCAUCACUGUGAUUGGUGGUAACUGGCUUAUGCAACUACCUAGCAGCAAGGUCCGUCGGCUGUCCCUCCAAGAAAGCGAUUCCAAAUGCGCUAAUGAUACAGAGAAGAUGAACCUGUUUCAUGUCCGCUCACUGACCAUGUUUGGAAGUUUGAACCAACUGCCUUCCCAUUCUUUCAAGUUUGGAAUUGUACAAGUCCUGGAUCUUGAGGGCUGCACUGGUUUCAAAGCGCAUCAUACAGAGGAGAUAUGCAAAAUGCUUCUUCUUAAGUAUCUCAGCCUUCGAAGAACUGACACUAAACAGCUUCCAAAAGCGAUUGGGAAGCUUGAGAACCUCGAGACUCUGGACAUUAGAGAGACAAAUGUUGUUCAGUUGCCUAAAACUGUAUGCCUGCUUGAACGGCUGGUAAACAUACUUGGUGGGGAUAAAAGAAUAAGAAGGGCAUUGAAGCUUCCUGAAGAGUUAAAUAAGAAGAAGAAAAUGAAGGCCUUACGCAUACUGUCAGGGAUUGAGAUUGUUGGGGGAUUGGCGGACCUUCAUCAUUUGACUGAGCUGAGGAAGCUUGCCAUCUACAAGCUCAGCACCAUGAGCGAUGAUCCGAGUUUCAAAGAGUUGAGCUCCUCAAUCGAGUACCUUGGGGGCUACUCUCUGCACACCCUCAUAAUUGACGAUGAGUCAGCCAAGUUUAUCAAUUCAUUGGAUGAUCUGUCAUCACCACCAAAAUUCCUCGUUGCCCUUGAGUUAUCUGGCAAGAUGGUUCAGCUCCCCGGCUGGAUCACACAACUCAGUGCCCUCACCAAGCUAACCCUUUCAGUAACAGCUCUCCGGACAGAUAACCUGCUGCUCCUUAGUAAUCUAGAGGCACUGUUCUCCCUCACCUUCUCAUUUAGGGCAGAAAAGCAGGAUUCAGAAACACUGACUAUUCUGGCGGAAAACAAGCUGUCCUCUGAUGGGGAGAUCACAAUUCCAGAUGUUGGUUUCAGGAGUCUUAAGCUUCUUCGCUUCUUUGCUCCUCUCUUGCCGGUACUGACCUUUUCUGAGAAAGCCAUGCCAGAGCUGGAAAGGCUUGAGCUACGGUUUAGCAUGCUGGAGGGCAUUUGUGGCGUGGAAAACCUUGCAGGUCUCAAGGUGGUGCACCUGACAUUAGAGGACAAAGAAGGUGAACAUAUGACGAAAGAGGUGCAACGAGAGAUCGAGAGAGCAGUGAAGAGGACUGAUGGAAAGGCGCCGAGGAUAAUCCUCUCAGAUAUUUUCACACUAUUGGUGCUUUAA